CGGCCUUUGCGGGUGGGCGGGGCCUGCAUCGGCGUCUCUUCUUCCAACUGCGGCCUGUGGCAGCGCCAUUUUGAAUGUGCGGCUGCCGCGGGCGAGAGUCGGAGGAGGCAGGGCUGCUGGCUCGCCUACCUUGCCGUCUCCGACUUUUCUUAUUUCGCUUCCAGAAAUACACGUAGAGACGUAUACGUGUAUACAGACCGGCCCGUAUCCGGUAUCCGAGGCGAACUCCCUAAGAUGAUGUUAAGAGGAAACCUGAAGCAAGUGCGCAUUGAGAAGAACCCGGCCCGCCUUCGCGCCCUCGAGUCCGCCGCGGGCGAGAGCGAGCCGGCGGCUGCGGCGGCCAUGGCGCUCGCGCUGGCGGGGGAUCAGGCGCAGCCCGCCCCCGCGCCCCCGGAGGACCACCCGGACGAGGAGAUGGGGUUCACCAUCGACAUCAAGAGUUUCCUCAAGCCGGGCGAGAAGACGUACACGCAGCGCUGCCGCCUCUUCGUGGGAAACCUGCCCACCGACAUCACCGAGGAGGACUUCAAGAGGCUCUUCGAGCGCUAUGGCGAGCCUAGCGAGGUCUUCAUCAACCGGGACCGUGGCUUCGGCUUCAUCCGCUUGGAAUCCAGAACGCUGGCCGAAAUUGCAAAAGCAGAGUUGGAUGGCACCAUUUUGAAGAGCAGACCUCUCCGAAUUCGUUUUGCUACACAUGGCGCAGCUCUAACUGUAAAGAACCUUUCUCCAGUUGUUUCCAAUGAGCUUCUAGAGCAAGCGUUUUCCCAGUUUGGCCCAGUAGAGAAAGCUGUUGUGGUUGUGGAUGAUCGUGGUAGAGCUACAGGAAAAGGUUUCGUAGAAUUUGCAGCAAAACCUCCUGCUCGAAAGGCUCUUGAAAGAUGUGGUGAUGGGGCGUUCCUGCUAACAACGACCCCUCGUCCAGUCAUUGUGGAGCCCAUGGAGCAGUUUGAUGAUGAAGACGGCUUGCCAGAGAAGCUGAUGCAGAAAACGCAACAAUAUCAUAAGGAAAGAGAACAGCCACCACGUUUUGCUCAACCUGGGACAUUUGAAUUUGAGUAUGCAUCUCGAUGGAAGGCUCUUGAUGAGAUGGAAAAGCAGCAGCGUGAGCAAGUUGAUAGAAACAUCAGAGAAGCCAAAGAGAAACUGGAGGCAGAAAUGGAAGCUGCUAGGCAUGAACACCAAUUAAUGCUAAUGAGGCAAGAUCUAAUGAGACGUCAGGAAGAACUCAGACGCUUGGAAGAACUCAGAAACCAAGAACUGCAAAAACGGAAGCAAAUACAACUGAGGCAUGAAGAAGAACAUCGUCGCCGUGAGGAAGAAAUGAUCCGACACAGAGAACAGGAGGAACUGAGGCGACAGCAAGAGGGCUUUAAACCAAACUAUAUGGAAAAUGACAGCUCUAAGUAUAGAUUGUUUUACGUAGAUGCGUUUAGCCCAGCACCUGCUGGUAACCAAGGUCCUCCUCCAAUGAUGGGUAUGAAUAUGAACAACAGAGGAACUAUACCUGGCCCACCAAUGGGUCCUGGUCCUGCCAUGGGACCAGAAGGAGCUGCAAAUAUGGGAACUCCAAUGAUGCCAGAUAAUGGAGCAGUGCACAAUGAUAGAUUUCCCCAAGGACCACCAUCUCAGAUGGGCUCACCUAUGGGGAAUAGAACAGGUUCUGAAACCCCUCAAGCACCAAUGAGUGGUGUGGGUCCUGUGAGUGGUGGUCCUGCCAGCUUUGGUAGAGGAAGUCAAGGGGCCAACUUUGAAGGCCCUAAUAAGCGUCGUAGAUACUAAACAUUCUUUCAUUCCUGGCAAUAUA